AUGCGUUCCAACUUAGUAGCUGACCCACUUUUUCUGUGGGCUCUUCAAGUUGUCACCUAUAGGGGCACUGGCAGAAUGGGCAGAGCUAAGAAAAGAUUGUCAGGACGAUCUGACUCAGGCACUCCUAACUUUGGUUGCAACAGUGGCAAUGAUUUGGACAGAGUCAUCUCACUUCCGAGUGCAGCACUAGGUUUUUUUUUUUUUUUUUUUUUUGCCUCUUCUCUCUUAUAUAGACCCCUGGAACGAUCCAGUGAAGAUGUGGAUAUAAUCUUCACACGACUGAAGGAAGUUAAAGCUUUUGAGAAAUUUCACCCCAAUCUCCUUCAUCAGAUUUGUUUAUGUGGUUAUUAUGAGAAUUUGGAAAAAGGAAUAACAUUAUUUCGCCAGGGUGAUAUUGGGACAAACUGGUAUGCUGUCCUGGCAGGGUCUUUGGAUGUUAAAGUAUCUGAGACCAGCAGUCACCAGGAUGCGGUGACCAUCUGCACCCUGGGGAUUGGGACAGCCUUUGGAGAGUCCAUUUUGGACAACACGCCCCGCCAUGCGACCAUCGUUACCAGGGAGAGCAGCGAAUUGCUCCGCAUCGAGCAGAAGGACUUCAAGGCACUAUGGGAGGUGAGCCCCAAGGCUUCUUUGUCAAUUAAUACAGUUUCAGAUGAGAACGGGAGUUGCCACAUGGAUAAUGGCAUUACAGUCAGGCCUUAAUGUGUUCUGUUCUGAGCUGGUAGAUGGAAUUUAAUUUUCAAAACUUGUUUUUGAAAUGAGUGAAUGAAAAAGCCAUUUUGACACAAGACAUCUUUUUUUUUAAUUUAGUGCUUGCUCAAUUUUCUGUAGUUUGACAUACCUUAUAAUUAUUUCUUGAAUGACCAUAGAGCGUUUUUAUGUAUUUUCUCCCUCCUAUUCUACAGAUGUAUUCUUAACCAGGGA